GGUCGAUGGGGCGGGACUACGGAAGCUCUUUCGUGCAUAUUACAAAACCGGAAGAAAGCAGCAGGAAUGAGCAUCUACCUUUUUUAUUUAAACGAAAAUAGAUUAGAAUUCACCGCAUGCCCGCCACAUUGUCCUUUAUCAAGGUGAUCUCUAAAUACGCUUAAGUUGUUUUUCAACGGGACCAGACGAGCUCUUUCUUAAAUUGUUACCUCAUCAUUUCAACACCAAGGUCACAAGGGUGUUCUGGACUUUUCAACACGUGUUGUUUUUAGACAGUGUUUUUUUAGGACACUGCACUGUUUGAAUCAUGUCUGGACUCAUAAACUUUGAGGACGAAAACGAGGUGAAGCAGUAUUUGGAUAACAUAGGUGUGGAAUUCAGCUACCAGUGUUACAGAGAGAAGGACCCUGAAGGGUGUCAAAGGCUUGCUGACUACAUGGAGGGAGUGAAGAAAAACUUUGAGUCUACAGCCCAGGUGCUCAAACACAACUGUGAGACUAAUAAACAUGGUGAAAGCUGCUACAAGCUCGGGGCUUACUAUAUCCAAGGCAAAGGGGGAUUUGCAGAGAAUCUGAAAAUGGCCUACUCCUGCUUCUUGACGGCCUGCAGCAGUGGCGGUAAGAAGUCUGUGGACGCGUGUCACAACGUGGGUCUCCUCGCCCACGACGGUCGAGCCAUGGAAGCCGGCCCUGACCCGGGGGCGGCUAGGCAGUACUAUGAGAAGGCAUGUACAGGGGGGUUCGCACCCUCCUGCUUCAACCUUAGUGCCAUGUAUAUCGAGGGCUCCCCGAAGCAGAGUAAGGACAUGGGCCUAGCUCUGAGGUAUGCCACAAGAGCCUGUGAGCUAGGACACGUCUGGGGUUGUGCCAAUGCCAGCCGUAUGUAUAAACUGGGGGACGGGGCGGAGAAGGACGAGAAGAAAGCAGAGGAACUUAAGAACAGGGCGAAAGAGCUUCACUUCCAGGAGAAAGAGAGGCAGCUCAAAUUUGGGGAAUGAAGGGGUUGGUCAGAGGGAAGUCGCUUCAAUAAAUCUUUGUUCCAAAUGGGCAUUUUUUUUUGAAUGAAUGUACAGGGUGUGGUGCUUCCUCAUGGGCUGUGUGUGUAACCUGACAUGCUACAUAGACAUGACUGCUUAGUGCUGGCCAAAGGUUGAAGAAUUCACUAGUGUGUGUUUUAACCUAUGUGUGGAUGGUUUAUAUGAGGCUUCGUAGUACAUGUAUUUUUUUCUCUAUGGGGGACCAACUCUGUCAAUAUGAGAUUGUCCAUCUCGACAUGUACACAUUCUCAGUCACACACAUCUGCUUGAAAAUUGACAACAACUUGAUUAAAAUGAGUUCCCGCAAACA